AUGUGCCAAGCUUGCAUCCUCAAGGCAUCUUUGCCCUGCCAGGUUUGCCGUCAUGCAGUCCAAGCUUCCUGGAGAAGCUCCUUCAAGUUCACGACAGGAUUCAAAUGCUGCCAAGCGCAUUCUCCCCCACAUUCUGGGGGCAAAGAGGCAACCAGUGGGCAGGAUCUUGCAAUACAAGUUUCUGCAGACGGCGUCCGCGUUCCAACCACAGGAUUUUCAGGUUUUCUCCUUGUCAAUUUGACUGAAGCGGAAGCUAAGUACUCAUCUGAGUAUCCAAAAGUGAUCAUUCAUCCGCUGGACACAACCAAGUUCCAGCUGGUCAUGAGCGAAGUCAAGACUUUCCACCUCAUGGCACUCACACGCACAGCGCGUGACUUGAUCGCCCUCACUAUCCGCUGCUUCCAUGCCAAGAAGUACAUGUCUACAUCAAACAUACUGCACACGCUGCUCCCAGUUCAAGCACCUGCUGCAGCAGGUGCCACACUUCCGAUCACAGAUGCGCGCUUGGAUGCGUGCAUUGUUCUGGAAACGCUGGCGAAGGAGAUGAUGGCUGCGUACGAAACAGCUGCUGACUGGCGUGAGACAAAGGCCAUGGACAGCGCAUUUGCCGCAAUGUCGUGGGAUGACUCUGCAGUGAAGGCGGCGCUGCCUGAGUACCUCAAGUCCUCCGGCGAGGAGCGAGCGAAGGUGGACUAUGCAUUCAAUGCCCUCAUCCCGCGGCCACCACAGAGCACGGAUGGCCGACAGGCAGUUAUGCACACGUGGAUCAAAGCGCGCUUAUUCUCAUACAACAAGGCCUUUCCUUUCAACUUCAGCCCAUACGCAGCCUGA